AUGCCUACAAUCACCGACUCGGAGCAGAUUGAAUUCCUCCUUAGCUGCGUCCGUCACGCAAACGGCGGCAAGGUUGAUUUUGGAGAAGUUGCGAAAGAAUGCAGCAUCGUCUCCAGAGGAGCUGCCGCGAAACGCUACGAACGCCUCUCGAAAGGCCGCAGCAACGCUCCUGGUGGAUCCUCUGCCGAUACCCCAACCCCAAGCCCAAAAAAGACUACCAAGUCAUCGGUUGCGAAGCGCAAGACAGUGCCGAAACCAGCAGCGUCCAAGAAGGCAGCUGCUAAGAAGGGGAAAGAGAUGAAGGUGGUUACCGUUGCCCUCGCGGAAACCCUGGUUAAGCUAUGGACUGACUUGGAAAAGGUUGAAGAGCAUUCCUCUGGAGAGGAAACUGAGAUCGACGAGGCUGUGCUUGGGUCUGAGGAGGAGGAUUGUGAUGCGGAUGUUUGA